GAAAUACUUGCAAUUCCUUGCUUCAGAAAAUAAGAACAACAGAGAAUUCUUCUCCCCUCCAUCUCCUCACCUUAUCCCAUUGUCUCGAUUUUCGAAACAGAUAUGAUCCAAUCCUUAUCAUAUAAAAACCUCUCAUCUUUUUCAUUCUCACAUGUUCCCGCGAAUACCCCACUUGCCUCUUUUUACCCGAGUUGAGGUCACAGAAUCAUGAGGAGCCAAGUUGAGGAUGAAGAUGAACAUUCGAGGGUGUUGAAUGAGAUCCAAUCUAUGAUCUUUCACAUCCUCAAGUUCCCUCUUUUACCCCUCCCCUUUCGCACCCCAUAUUCUCAAGUCGCUGCCUCCUCUUCCUCGUCAUGGUCCUUGAAUAUGAGACAUCUCUGGGCCACUUUGCUGUCGUCGCAGGUGUCUCCGGCUGCUCUUGCUUCUCUGUUUUUGGGGAUUUCUCUGGCCUUGAUGCUCUUCGGGUCCUUGGCUUUUGUCAUCGGCUUCGUGUUAUUGCCUUGGGUUACUGCUCUGGUAUUGGCAUUCUAUGCUGCCACGGCGGUUUCAACCUUAUCUCGAUUGGGUCGGAUCCUUCUUGGUUCUUCCCCGAUGCUCAAGGAUAUGCCCCGUGAGUCCCCACUUACUUGGCACUUCCUUCCUGGGAUGUUUUUCUCUAGCUCGGAUUUACUGAAAAGCUGACACCAAUGUCUUCAUCGGGCUAGAAGGGGAAAGAUUGUCUAAGACGCUGAGAUCGAGAGGAUGAUUCACACGUGUCAUAUAUAUUAUUGACAUUCGAUUAUAGAAGAGUUGUGAUGAUGUGGCAUCAACUUGAAUGAACUGAUUAAUCUGUUUCCCGUCUCUCUUUAGUUUUCCUCUUGUAAUUAGUCUUGCUUUCUUAUGGUUGGCUCAAAAUCUUCUUUUUUGUAGUCUUAAGUUAUCAAGAGUCUGUAUUUCGCGUGCAAACCCUACUUCAUAAAACUUCUGAACUUGAUAUUUCUGA